AAGGUGCCAUCCCAUAAGCCGCGAAGGCCCUAGGAAGGGCAGACAUCAGCAGGACGUGUGGCCAAACCUUGGCCAGAAGAACCAGCCACGGUGGGCCAGGUGGGCAGAACAGAACUGUCCAUGCCGACUGUUUAUGAAGUGGGGAAACAGUACCCAGAUCCAGAGUAUCCGGAGAGACCCCUUCCAAUGUCCCGGCAUGAGACUUCUCCGACAGCACUGCAACGGGCCGGCACCAACCAACGCCCCAACCCCUGCUGCUUCUGCUGGUGCUGCUGCUGCAGCUGCUCGUGGAAUGAAGAUCGCGAGCGAGCGUGGCGGGCGUCGCGAGAAACGAAGCUGGAGACCAUCCCAAACUGUGAAGCCUGCUCCAAGCCAACCACCGAGGAGAUUAAGGGCUGGGCCCAGUCGUUCGACAAGUUGAUGAAGAACCCGGCCGGCAGGAACGUGUUCCGGGAAUUCUUACGGACUGAGUACAGCGAGGAGAACAUGCUCUUUUGGUUAGCGUGCGAGGAGCUCAAAAGCGAAUGCAACAAGCAGUCCAUAGAGGAGAAGGCACGGGUGAUAUACGAAGAUUACAUCUCCAUCCUGUCACCGAAGGAGGUCAGCCUGGACUCCCGCGUGCGCGAAGGUAUCAACCGCAAGAUGCAAGAGCCGUCCCCGCACACUUUCGACGACGCGCAGCUACAGAUCUACACGCUCAUGCAUAGAGACUCCUACCCUCGUUUUCUGAACUCGGCCAUAUACAAAUCAUUAGCCCAGAGCGUCUCUCGAUCAUCUUCGGAGUCCUAAGCUCCUCCCACCUUUCCUGGGGGAUGCAGACGCAACAGGACAAUUCUCCUUCUCCACAGGAUGGGAGCAAUUGAGAAAGUGGACCUUGCCGUGUGGUCUUGUGCCACCAAUUGAGCAAAAAUGGCUGCCCGAAUCCCACAAACACAUUGGGUUUUGACUUCUGCCUCCUCGUCCGAUCGCAGGAAAACUUACUCUGUUAAUCUCGCCCCGUCCACACCCACAGAAAGGCGGGAAACAGGUCCUACUGUCAUGUGAAUGUCAAACUCAGGCCACUGCUUUUACUACUGAAUCCAUGCUGGCCCACGCGGAAAAAUAAGAGGACGGAGGGGUGCAAGGAGGACCGGGGGGGCAAACAUAGUGGGGAGGGGGGAAGGCCGAAGUCCUAAUCCCUGAAUGUCAUUCCCUUCUUUGAUCUUUCGUUUUCCUUCCUGUUUGAGAGAGCUGGUUGCGCGACUGUCCUGCGGGCCAAAGAAGAGACCUCUGAGGGUUCUGGUGGCAACUUGAGUCAGAGCACUUUGUGUGUUGAAUCAGGAAGGACUGAAUUGUGCAGAAGUGUUGCGAUGAUACUGCCUUUCUGUAGAAAACUUCUGUACAAUUCAUGGGCUUAUUCUACCUCCCUGGAGCGUUUGUUCCAUCCAAGGCCAGGCUACAGGAAACCUCUUUUUUAUCCCGGGGGGGCAGAAAUGAGGGGGGAAACGGCGCCUCCUGGGCUACGCUGUGCUGAUUAUGUUGCUGAUGCAGAGCCCUCCCCCCCACACCAAAAAAAAAUUGUGAUUCUGUCCACAACAUAAGCAAGAAGCAAUUCUCGCACUUCCUGCAAUCAAUGGGGCUUGUGGUUAGUUUGCUGUUUAGGCAGGUUUGUCAAAUUGGGGAGAAAGAUGGAGUUUGGAUAGGAACCCGCACUCAGUUGUGAGUGAAUAAACUUUCUGCAGUCCAA